UUACGCUGGACUCGGCCGCGGGGGGUCACUAGGGAUGGGCGGGUUGUGGGUGACGACAGGGCGUUGUUAGCCAAUCGAUCUUCUCUUUGUCAUAGAUUGACGCUGUCCAUAGCCAGUCGUUCGCAGCUUCUGGUAUUUCCUGUAUAGUAGUUUUUAAUAUGGCGAAGACUUACGAUUAUUUGUUUAAACUGCUACUUAUCGGCGAUUCUGGGGUCGGGAAGACGUGUGUGUUAUUUAGGUUCUCAGAAGAUGCCUUCAACUCAACCUUUAUAUCCACUAUAGGUAUUGAUUUUAAAAUCCGAACAAUAGAAUUAGAUGGCAAAAGAAUUAAGCUACAGAUAUGGGAUACUGCGGGACAGGAAAGGUUUCGUACAAUCACCACUGCAUAUUACAGAGGGGCGAUGGGAAUCAUGUUGGUAUAUGAUAUCACCAAUGAAAAAUCCUUUGACAAUAUUAAAAACUGGAUCAGAAACAUUGAAGAGCAUGCAUCCUCUGAUGUUGAGAAGAUGGUCCUCGGGAACAAAUGCGAUGUGAAUGAAAAACGACAAGUUUCCAAAGAGAAGGGUGAAAAGCUGGCCCUUGAAUAUGGAAUUAAGUUCAUGGAGACGAGUGCUAAGGCAAAUAUCAAUGUGGAAAAUGCAUUUUUUACAUUGGCAAGAGACAUCAAAGCAAAAAUGGACAAAAGAAUGGAAGGGAACAGCCCUCAAGGCAGCAACCAAGGAGUCAAAAUCACCCAAGACCAGCAAAAGAAGAGCAGUUUUUUCCGAUGUGUCCUUCUGUGAGGGAUGCUGCCUUAUUGGAGUGCUUUGCUCCAUCAUACUGGACUGUGCCUGUAUCUUAAUUCCUAUUGUCUUUGCAGACAUAAAACCUUAAACCUGCAGCUCUGCAGCGUUCCAGCUCCCAGAAUGAGAGUAACUGUUUCACCUAGUUUAUCUGGAACAUGUUCUUAGUAUGUACAUUUCUUCUCUUCUUUUUUUCCCUUCUUCUCACUUUUGUUUGGAUGAAGGUAACCACCGGACUUUCAUUUUCCUUUAUUUUUUUUCCAAGUAUAUAUUUUCCAAUAAAGUUCCAGCCAAGUUUCAUAUAUCAGGUUUUGAUUAGAAACUUGCUGGUGACUAUUCCAAAUUUUCAUCUGGAGCCAUAUUUUACAAUUAUAGGUUUUUUUUUUUUUUUUUCAUUAACCUUAAAAUGUAUGAUCCUUUAUAGCUGGGUACAUACGUAUAAUAUAUAUAGAUAUAUAACAUAUAGAUACACAAAUACAAGUUUGUGCUUUGUAGAGAUAUACACACCCAUGCAUACACCAAGUCUGUAUGCAAAUAUGUGCACCUUUAACUUACAUUCCAAAAUGUGUCUUCCAUGUUAAACCUAUUGGUAGACAUCAAAAUGAGUUAUUUUUCUUUAAUUUAAUGAGCAGUCUUAGGUUUAAUAUAUUUAAAUGCAAAAGGAAACUGUAAGCCAAUAUAAAUUAUGCUGCCUCUAUUCUUGUCGUCUGUGUCCAAUCACCACAGGCCUCAUUUUGAAGCACAGCCUGUUGCCUCCAUUAGACCUGAGUACCAACCGUGUUACAUUUCCACUCACUGAUGCAUUGUUCUGUGUUAGGGACUUCAUCAUUUUGGGCAGUUCAACAUACAGACUGUAUCAUUCUCCUGUUAGACUACACUAGCUUUACUAGUUCCUUUUGGACAGCAAGAGAAUAUUGGUGGGGUUGCUGGUGUUUAUUAAAAAAAAAUCCCAUUUAGAUUGAGUCAUGACUUUCUCCACUAAAUUUAGGGGUUCAGGAGGAGCACGUUUCCUGCAGUUAUACCUAGUAGAGCCAUAGGAAUUAUUAAUGGCAAAAUAUUGUAUUCAGAAUUAGAGAUUACGCCUUUGAAUCUGAAUUCGCAUUCUGCCAUUCUUUUGUUUCUGAGACCUGUAUGUUUUCAUAUUGUAUUUGUAAAUGUACUUUUGUAAAUGCUCUGCCUAAUCUUACUUGGUAGAUAUGACCAACCACUGAACAUAUUGUACAAGUCGUAUGUAAAAUGUCUCUGGCGAGACUUACUUACUGUAUGAGACUGGCUGCUUAUUCAUUCAUUCAUCAGUACUGUGUCAUGUCAUAUUGGCCAUCCCUGGCUUAUUAUAACUCAGCAAAUUGCAGCUAUAAAGGGCAAUUAAGCUUUGAUCAUUUGCAUUUUUCACCUGUAUAUUGCAUACAUUUACCCUAGGUGACAUAGAAGCAUUUUUGUGAAUUAGAUUCUUUAAGUGGUAUUUUAUUGCUAACAUCUUGUGCUAGUGUAGUUAUCCACAAGCACCACGUUUUGGCAAAUCAACUAGUGUUAAAUGUUCGAAAAUGAAUUUAUAUCUCUCUAUUUGGUUUCAGUGGGUACCUGCACUAGUGAAGUUUAGCACUUCGUAUACUAGCCUUAUUGGGGCAGAUUUUAAUUACAUACAUACAAAAUUGCCUCAAUACAUGUACCCUAGAAAAAGAUCUAACUGCUGUAUGUCACUGCACUGGUGCAGUUUUGGCACCUGUGUUGGUAAAUUAGCCCCUUUGUCUUAAAAUGUUUUAGGUUGUAUCACCAAAGAAUGGAAUUUGUGGCUUACAGCUCAGGCAGGCUCAUCAUACAUGGACCCUGUGAUACUUAUUCAAUCUUAGCACUCCAAUAAAAUCAGCACACAAACUCCAAAUAGAAACACAUUUUCCUUGGUUAAAAAAGGGGUUCCGGCAAUACGUCUGUUUGGCUUUGAUACUCUAGUCCAGGUUCCAGGUUUGUUUUCUUGUCCCACAAGGCCAUUGCUUAUCAGAUUCCAUAUCUAGAAUUCUUAUUACUGCUAUUGUGCCACUGGAUGUUUUGUUUCAGCAUAUAGAAUCCCCUGAAUUUCUAUUACAUUGUAUGGCCACAUAAGGGGUUUCAAGCAAUAAUCACUCCAUUGAGCUCCUUUUGCAUUCCCCAAGCAGUGCCAGGAAUUGAUUUUUGCACUGGUAUUUUCAGUGUUAUUUUUUUUUUUUUUCCCCCAGCCCAAUGGUAUUUUCAGAUAGAAAUAUGUACAGGCAUGAUUGGGUAGAUCUUGACCUGCUGACUUGCAUCCUGGUCCUACCCACUUCUGCCCUAACAAAGAAUCCACAUGAGUUGAUAUGUGCCACAGGAUCCUGGAAAUAUCAUAUCUGAGGGUUGAUUGGCCAGGGAGCACAUAAUUCCUUUCUUUUUUCCUGUUUUUUAUACAUUAUUUAGCCCCCUGCAGCCCACUCUCUUCUGGGUGCCUAUGGGUGGCAUAAUUCUUCUAUAAAUAGGAGAAUUGUACUCCAGUUCAUUCCUAGGGCUGGGGGGGAUUUAAAAAAAAAUAAUAAUAGUGCAUCUAUUCUUUAUUAGCACUACUAACAUGAUCUUAUCUAACACAGGAAAAUUCAGUCUGACUUAACACACUUCUGUGAUUCCACCAGCAGAAACUAGUUGUAAGUCUUAAAAGUCUUAACGCAUAUCCCAAAAUAUCACUGGAGCUGGAAAUCUAGGUCCUGUUUUUCAGCAUUUCAGAAACCCAUGCAAAAAAGAAAAAUGUGCCACUUUAAUGAAGGCUUAACACCGACACUAUUUAGAAGCAAUUUCAUUUUUAAAGGGAAUCCAUGAUUAAAAAGCAGAAUUAGUAAAUGUAUGUUCGAGCACACAUGUCAUUCUGAUGCUUUAGUGACAGAAACCUCUUCUAUACAUAGGUGACACCUACUAGUCAUCAUCUUUUGUUUUUUUUUUGUUUUUUUUGCUCUGUAAUUUAUGCCAGAAUGCAUAUAAAUAGCUAAUGUCUAAUGCAUUUGUGCUACGUAUAUAUUUUCUAGUGAUGCAUUCACUUUUCGCUCAUAUUGCCAUGUAGGCCUCUGUAUUUGGUUUCUGUACAGCUUUUUCAGGUUUACAAAGAAUGAUUCAGUGAAAGACUAGAGGGGACUAUGUAAGACCAGCAGAAUAAAAUCUUUUUGAUUUUUGAUAGCCUUCGUUAUGGUUUCAAAACAGAUUAUAUUCCAUAUGAUAUAUUAUAAACACAUCAAACGUGUCCUGCUGGAGAUCUGUAAUAACUUGCUUUGUUUACAAUGACAACUGCACUUCAGGAAAAAUACAAAUUAAAGCUUAUUUUAAAGUUA